AUGUGUAUGCAGACUAUCAGAGCUCUGGCCGGAGCACUCAACGUCUCUCUGCAGUUCAUGCGUUGGCAGCGCACAAUGAUGACGUGUGCAUAUGUCGCCCACACACACCCGCGCUCAUAUAACCCAGAUACUAAUAUCGACGGGAUCAUUGAGUGCUUUAUCGAGUGUCGAGAAUCCCUCACGGAGUCGGUCUCUGUAUUGGAAGACUCACUUGCUGGCUUGGAAGAGUCACUAUACACUGAAUGCAAGGAUGUGCUAUUACUUGCAAAUCACGUCGUGUCUUCAGACAACCUUCUUUUGGAUCAAUUUCUCAUUUCUGCAGGGACAGAACCCACUUUAAUUUCAGACGAGCUUAUCAUAAAGGAUAUGCUCACGCCCAGUGACGUUUCCGCCUACCGGACAGUGAGAGGACCGCUGAGCGACAUCGUCACCCAGUACAGCCUUCUUCGGCCCCCUACCUCUCAGCCAACACUGAUCGAUCUUUCGAAGAUGAGCCUGGCUGAGUUGGCACAACGAGCUCAUGGUGCCUUCUCUGAUUUACUUCACGAUUUGAAAGCAUAUGCCGCAGACUAUGAUGUGGUUAAUAACAAUGCUGAGACCCUAUUGACGCAGGUCUGCUGCCUUCCAAAGAGUGAGCUUGCAGCUCUAACAGCAGCCCUUCGCGACCGCUUCUCUGAAAUGUAUACCGAACUCCCAGCCCCCGUCGAUUCUAAUGAUAAUAUGGCUAUCUGCCUGAGAAAGCUGAUUGUAUUGGCUUCUCAGCUUGUUUGCUCUGAUUCUCCUUUUCCGAAGGAUCAUGAUGAAGCGCGGCUACGCGCUGUGCUUGAGCGGAUUCUGACAAUAGAGGAUACCAACAAGACAAUCCUUUUGGCUCUAGAGCCGCUCCUGAGCGAGUAA